CGCGGCGUUCUAGAAAGGUCAUGAGGUGUGUAAAAAAAUUGAGGUCAUCUGAGGUAGGUGUUUGACCUCUUUACGAACGGACGUAAAAACUGGUCACUCACAAGUGGUCAGUACAGUAAAACCAGUCGGUAGUAUUCCUAUAUUUUCAGCCACCAGCCUGCUGUGGACGAGUUGUCAGAAGUACGCGUGAGCCAUGCCGCCCAAUCAGCAACAGCGACAGAAAUGCUGGGACUCCAGAGACCGCUUCUUCGCUUGUUUAGAACAGAACGACGAGAACGCAGCGAAGUGUCAGAGUCUACGACAGGAAUUUGAAGGUUGCUGCUCCAAUACUUGGGUAAAAUAUUUCAUUCGGAAGAGGGAGUAUGACAAAUACAAGGCAAAGCUGGAGACAGAGGGAUUCAAACCAUAUGAAGGAAAGAAAACGUAGCACUGUGACAGAGUCUACAAUCCUACAGAACUUUUGACUAUUACAUAGUGCUAGUACUGAAUUACAUUGUUUUUCUAUACUGACAUACCGGUAAUGCUGUUGCUGUUAUAGAAGGAAGGGAGAUGUGGAAGCAACAGCCACAAAUUAGAUUGUGCGGUAGGGAGAAAAUAUAAUUUUCACAGUAAUGAAAAAUUAUAGAAUUUUCACAGUAAGGCCACACCAAUUUUAUUUGCUAUUUCUCGGAUUUCCCAACCCUAUUUUUUCCGAUUUGAAAAAACAAAACAAAAAACUUUUCAAAUUGAUGGCCACAAUGUUGACGAAAUUUCACAGCCUCUCCUUUCUCAAAUAAACUAAGGGCGGCCGACCUCAAAUUCCAGUAGCUGUAUGUGCCUAUUUUGGACAGUACUCUUAUAAUUUUCCUUCAGACUAUGCUACUAAGGACCCCCUAAAUUAACUGUAACUUGAGUAAGACCCUCGAUCUCUCCUACCCCCGACUUUUUGCAAAAGUUUUUUUUUUAAAUUUUUUUCGACAGACCCAUCCAAUUUUUUCUGAAAAAAAUCAGAGAAACAACAAAUGAAAUUGGUGUGGCCUGAUGGAAAAUUAUAGAAUUUUCACACAAAUUUUAAUCACAGUAAUGGAAAAUUCUAUGUUCAAAGAUUGGAUUUAUGCUCAAUCUGUGUAUCUACUAGUAGUGCUUGGAGAAGGGCAUAGGUCGACCAGAAGACAGGACAAAAAAUGUUUUGGUGGUUUUGAGUUUGCUGCAAAGAGUUCACCUUGCAAAUGGCAAACAUUUCUGCAUUUACUGUAAAUCAUGGAUAGUUGUAUAUGGGUAAAAUUUGUCUCUUUUAUUAGGUAGCUUUUAAUAGUACCUAUGUCCAAGCAGGUAUGCAGAAAAAGGGAUUUUGAGCCUUGCUAUGUGAAGAUUGAUUGACAGAAAAAUUAUUUAAAAAAUAAAUGAAACCGUAUUGUUUGCUCAA